UUUUAGUUUCUGUCAGGAUGAAGGACUCGCAUACGAAAAAUUUCAUAUGUGAAGAUAUCUUGAUUAACAUUUUAGCAAGACUGCCUGCCAAAUCCCUCGUACGGUUUAUGUGUGUAUGCAAGUCAUGGAGUAAUUUGAUUGGCAGCUCAAGCUUUAUUACCACACAUCUCAACAGGAACAUCAAAAAUCAUGAUCAUCUCUAUCUAAUUUCUCACCACUAUUAUAGAGGCGGGCGCCGCUCACUCAUAUCACUUUUUUCUAAUGAAACAUUUGAGCAGUGCUUGGAGUUACAACAUCCCUCGUGGACCAAAGAACGGUUUAGAGUAUAUGGUUCAAGCAAUGGUUUAGUUUGUAUCUCUGAUAAAAGAUUGAGUUCAACGAGUUCUAUAUGCAUAUGGAACCCAUCUAUUAGAAAAUCUCUAUCUCUUCCCAAGACCUACAUCCCAGAUCAUAGCAACUUAGAUUCAGAAAUCUCCCUGUCAUUCUGUUUUCACCCAAAUCAUAAUGAUUACAAGGUGGUAAAGAUGUUGCAUGAAUGGAACAAGGUUUCCAUGGAAGUUGAGGUGUAUAGUCUUAGCAACAACUCCUGGAAGGUGAUUGAAAUUACUCCUUGGUUAAAUUCUGGAUGGUGGUAUCUCACAGGUUAUGAGGUUUGCAAUGGAAUAGUAUAUUGGCUGAUUUCUGGAGGUCAUUAUAGGAUUGUGUCCUUUGAUACAGGGAGGGAAAAAUUUGGUGAGUUAGUGGUUCCAGAACCCAUAUUGCCGGUUAAGGGUGCUGUCAAGAUUGAAGUGUACAAGGAAACCAUAUGCCUGCUUCAAGGUGAAACAGAUGUUGAUUUAUGGGUUCUGCAAGAAGGGUCUUUUCAAAGGCUGCGUACUAUUUUACUGCCUCGAGCAAAUAUUUUCAUACUAAUUGGCUUAUUUACAGAUAAUGGACUCUUGGUACAAGAACAAUCAAGAUUCACUGAGCUAGAUUUGUUUGAUCUUGAAUCCAACCAGCUUAAAAGUACCGGAAUCCUUAUGUGCCAACGUAAGCUCCAUACUUACAUAGAAAGUCUAGUUCUACUCGAUCAUUGA